AUGCGCCCCGCCGCCCCGCUGCUCCUGCUGCCGGCCCUGCUGCUGCUGGCCGCGCUCCCCGUCCGGGGCCGCCGGGAGUCCCCCGCGCCGGGGCCGCCCCUGGCCGCGCAGCGCCCCACCAACGCCAGCCGGCCGCUGCCGGAGCCUCUGGGCGCCCCCGGGAACCACAGCGGCGCCCAGGUCAGCCUCCUGCCCGCGCUGCUCCGGGACCUGUCCGCGCUCAAGGCCGCGGUGAUCGCGGCGUGUGUGCUCAGCGCCGGCCUGAUCGGCUGCCUGCUGCUGCGGGUCUGCAGGUCUGGCAAGAGGAUUAAGAAGACAAGAAAGUACGACAUAAUCACGACCCCGGCUGAGCGAGUAGAAAUGGCCCCUCUGAACGAAGAUGAGGAUGAUGAUGAAGACUCAACAGUGUUUGAUGUGAAAUACAGGUAAAGCUUUUCCAUGGAUCGCUGGUUCCCUGUGAGAAGUCAGUCAGCUGUCGAGAGCCCUGCUGAAGCCUUAACUAUGAAGGAGAAACUUUCAUCUCUGCAAUAUUGAAACCAAAACAAACAUUGGCUCCUCCGUGAUGUUAUUUAUACAGCACACGGCAGCGGGGUGUUUGAUUGUCUGCCCAAAAUAUCACUAUUAAACUCCUAGUUUCCAAACUUCCACAGUAGAAUGACCUGAGAUCCUCCUCGUAGACUCUGCUCUGUUGCUUGAAGAGGCUGUGGGGUUGCUAAAGCAUAUGGGCUGGCUACAGCACUGUGUGUAGACUUUCAGCACUCACUGGUCCAAAUACAUUUUGUAAAAGGAGGAAAACCACCCCCAAAUCAGUCCCCAAAAGACUUUCUUCUCUAAAAGCUGAAUCCGAUACUUUUGGUCUCUGUUAAACAGAUCUUGUGUUUUAAAGACUUGGAAUUGUAUGAUCCUGGGCCUAGAGAAAUACUUGCCCAUCUGAUGAAGGCUGGUGGCUGAAACUGCUGUGUGUGGUGUUGGGUUCUUUAUUAUUUUUUUUAAUUUUGUGACUGUUGUAAAAAAUUGUAAUGACUUGCUACUGAUUUUAACAAUUGCACUAAACCGUCCUAUAAUGAUGUACUCAUUUCCCAGUAGAGCGCUGGUCAGACUUACUUGCAUAACAUGAGACCAGAGGGAAGCAGAAAAACUAGGCAAAUACUGUACUACGGGAAUCUUGGAUUAGAGGAAAUAGAUCUCUGUUUUUGUAAUUCCCCGCCCUUCAUAAGAAGUAAGACACUACAUUUUUUGCUAUCUUGUGUCCUCUCCUGCUGUAACUCUUCUGCUAAUCAAAUUUUUAAUCAAACUUUUUACAAGAGAUCUGAUAUGCAGUUGUUAAAUUGCAGGAGGAGAACACUGGUUCUCCCUACCGCUGCUUAGAAUCAUUCAUACAAAGAAUCCUAUCUGCCCCAAACUGGAAAUUCCCCCCGCCACCCCACAGCUGGCUGCCAAAUCCUAUAUUACACUCAGAUAUGUUUUUUCCCCUUGCUUCCUGCAGUGCUUUACACUGGGGAGGGUAGAACUGUGGGAUGGUUAUUUUAAAAAAAAACUAGAAUAUCUAAUCUAGGCUGAUUAAGACCAUAGCCUAUGAGUUCUGUGCAUAAAUUCGAUGCCAUUCUUUGAAAGCUCUGUUGAGUUCAAAGUUAUUAGCAUAGUUGCUCUGUUUUAUGGUGUUUCUGAAAAGCAGCUGCAGUUCUGAUGAGCUUUGCUUGAGAUAUUGACUCUCACUGUGCGUUCUACCAAUAUUUAUGUCAAAUACCCUUUUACUUUGGGAUUUUAACCCAUCUGGAGCCUCUCUUGCCUUUAUGAUGUUAAAAUUACCUCCUGUUUUGGGAAUGUACUGACAUUUGCUUGGUGGGUUGUGACUGCUAAGAAUCUGUUGCAAAGCUGCCUCUGUAAUGACUGCUCAGAGGUUGCCCAUGAUAAUGCAUUCUGGAAUUCUUGAUUUGUUAUCAUGACAGUAGGUUAUACUACUCUCACUUGUUUGAAGCACUCCCAACGCUUGCAUCCUGAAACAGCCUGGCAUAGAUGCUGCACUCUUCACUCCACUUUAUCUGUUUGCAAGAAGGCCUCCGUGCUCUGCAGUAGCCAUUUGCAUUGACAAGCAAAAUUGUUGCUGUCUUCUGUGGAGUGUACAGUGCACUUUGGUGGUGUCCCUCUGAGUUCUUGACUGAUGUAACCCCAGCAUUCUAAAUUCCUCUCCCCUCACCAUCUGCUAAAUCAGAGUCUUUUGACACUCCAUGUUUCCUCUUUAAAGUGUAGCAAUAGUCAGAAAAGUGACAGGGUAAGAUGUUCACCUUCAUACUCAACAGAUCUACUUCUCAUGUGUCUGAUUUCAUAUGUGCUUGCUUCAUUGGCCUGUGCAUUUUUAUUCAUAUUGGCUAUGCAGAGCUUACACAGCUCUGGAAGAGGGAACUGGAUUCCAUUCUGCUUUAUGAAUCCUUGGCUAAACUUUUGAGUUCCAAGGGUGGAAUUGUUAUUGCUAGUGACAACAUGAUAGGCAGAACCAGCUGCGUGUUCGGAUCCCAGGUGGAGUUUCCAGCACCGUCAGUUAGCAAAACUGGCCUCUGUUGACUUGGAGCACAUUUGCUCUAGGAGAGACAGAGAAUGCAAAAGAACUUCCUCAUGGGAUUUCUGCUGUCACUUCUCAAACUGUUAAUGCACUUUGGGAGAGAAUCCCAUUCUGUACAGAGCAAUGUGGCUAAUAGUAUCGCACAUUAAAAGAGGGAGCCAAGGCAAUUGGAAGUCAAUAAAAGGUGGUGGUGGAAAAUUCUUUGGCACAAGUGUGCUUUCAUCUGAACUUUACCAAGAGAGUAUUCAGUAAAGGCUUUACAGCUGGCCAAUGUUGGAAAAUUCCCACAGCAGAACUAAUAUUAGACAUCCAGGCAAUAUCAAUGUACUAUUUUUUAUCCUUUUAUCAUGGAGUAAAUUCAGGUCACUCCAUGGUGCUGUUACUGAGCAAUAUUUUAAUGUGUCAGCUAAGAGGUAAAAGGUGGAGAAAUUGAUUAGGGUAGGUCCCAGCACACUGAGCUCUGGAUUGCAGGAACCGCAAGAGGCCCAUAGGCUAGGAUGACACACUAUGUGAUUGGGAACACUUUCAAGACAGCAUAUGACAGAAAUGGACUAGAUGGCUCUCAAUAGGCAAUGUGAUGUCCCUUUGGAGUUGGUAAACACUACGAAGAAGAGCUGAGUUGUGAGAAGUUCUUGGACAGGUUGAGCCCUGAAGUGAAAAAUGGCAACGCUGGGUAGAAGGAUGGGUUAAAGCUUCAAUUAUCUUGUUGCUGAAGGGGGAAAGAGGGUGGCAUGGCUACUCUCCCAGUGAAAGAGCCAUCAUGGCGUAGUGGUUGUACAUCCCUUUCAGAGGAGAAUUUAUGGAGAGAUCUGGAGCUCCAGAGGACAUGUCCUUGGUCUGACAUGGCCUGUUUGGAGUAUCCUGAACCUUUUCUGGGACCAAGGACUUUUUUUUUUUUUUUCUGCUGAAGACCAGAUCAAGGUUCUGCAGAUGCAGAGAGAGGAGGAAAUAAGGCCAGUUUCAGUUUACCUGGCCUUUUGGAUGGCCUGAGCUAACUCUUGCUGAAGGCAGUGGGCGUCUGUGUCUGGGAUUUGUCAGGCCUUAUGAGCACUGCUGAGUUUAAGUAGGUCAAAGGCAGUCUGCCUGACUUGCCUAUUGCUAACAACCAAGAUUGUUUCUGUAGUCCUCCAGUGAACCUUUUGAUCGGGAUUUUUCUCUCUCUCUCCACUCCCCUGCCUCCCCCUCCCCCCGAAGGCACCAAUGAUGUAGAUGCCCAACUCUCUUUGGAAUUAGGGCACCUAGCUCCCUUGGGCUCCUUUGGUAAAACCCACCUGUGUGUAUAUAUACUAAUGGUGUUGGAGGCCGGGGGAAAAAUGGCUGCCUGAUGAAGGAAAUCAGGGCGUCUUUACUAGUGUCAUUCAAGGUCAUGUCAAUGAACCUAAAUGCUUGCCUGAUGUUAAAUUGCUAUUGUAAACAUGAGACGAUAUUUACCUCUAAUCUAAAGAUCACUAUAUGUGAUUUCAGGUGUUUGUCUAGCUAAAUGUUUCUAUAGGUUUAUUUCAGUUAAGACUUUAAGAGCACUUGAUGUAACUCAUCUCUAUAGUAUAUAUAUGAAUAUUUUUUUAUAGGUGGUAAUUAGUUACAACAAAGCUUAAAUGAUUUUGGACUCUCUAAUUUUAGGUUUCUGUUGAAGAAUGGCUAGUCAUUAACCACUAUAUUGAAGUAAUACAUGUUCUGUGUGUCUUGCAUUGUAGAGUUCCGGUCUGGUUGCAAUUGUAACUGGUUUCAAUGUUUGCUGCUCUUUGUGGUGCAUUGUGUUAAACUUGCUUUGGCAGAGAGUGUUUUUAAAGGCCCAUUUUUAUUUUAUAGAAAACGGAGAAACACUAUAGUAUAACAUUCAUGUUACAUUUAACUUACUAUUCAGCAAAAUACUUUAAGUACCAGUUUAAUCAAAGCAAUAGAGAUCAAGUAAACUAAAGUCAUUUUUACUGGAACAUGCCACAACACAGAGACAAAUUACAGUCUCUUUACUCUGCUGACCAUAAUUCUUUUUGGGGAGGUUCCAUUUGAGAACCCACAAUGCUCAGCUGAUCAGAGGCUCUUUUUUCCCUCUGGGUCUGCUAUGUCUGCUCUUCUGAGAGAGAGGAAUCACUUGUGUAGAACUACAUGCCUAUAUGGCCCUCUCAGCAAACUGAACAAGGGACAAGGUCCGUCUCACCAGAAGGAGUAAGCUGGAACUGGAUAUGACUUUUUCAGCAAGAGGCUGAAAUGAUUGCAAACUCUUUUUAUAAUCCUUGCUACUUUAUAAUGAAGUUGCAUACAUCAGACUUUAUUCCAAGCACAAACUGACUUAAUGUUAUUAAAUGAGCACACAAGCUGGAGUGAAUUUGGAUAGCCAGUUUUGUAAGUAUACCCUCUGAAUUACUGUUGAUGAUGUAAUUUCAUCAGGGUGGAGAUUGUGGACUUAAAAUAAGAUUUCUCUUUUCAGUUUCUGCUUCUGCUGUUUUCGUAUAUGGUUUUGUAAGAACCAUGCGUUCCCGUUUGUGCAAUCACUAGACCAUUGAUGAAAAUGUUGAUUUAGAAUUUGCCCUUGUGACCAAAAGCUUCCAUUAAAAAAAAAUGGUAAUGCAAGUUUGGAUGGACAUCUCACAUUACAAUAGAAACUGUCACCAUUAAACAUGUUCUUGUAAAUCCA